CCGCUUGUCGAUAAACAGCUGUGACGAGGCAAUGGUCGAUUGUGUGUCUCUUCGUGCGUCGUAAUCCCGAAAUUAGUUUAAAAUUUUACGAUUUGAAGCUUUAAUUGUCGAAAAAUUUGAAAACAUGUUUCGACUUUUUGUGGCGGUCGCAGCAUUUUUUGUGCUGAUCAACGCACAUGUUCAAAGAAUUCCAUUGCACAAGAUGGAUUCUAUUCGAAAUAGUUUAAAAGAAGUUGACGCUGACUUGCAACCAGUACAUCUGACUGGAGGUAUUACACCAGAACCUUUGUCUAAUUAUUUGGAUGCUCAAUAUUAUGGUGUUAUUAGCAUCGGAACUCCGCCACAAGAGUUUAAAGUAAUUUUUGAUACUGGUUCCUCAAAUCUUUGGGUACCAUCAAAAAAUUGCCAUUUUACCAACAUUGCGUGCCAGUUACAUCAUAAAUAUAAUAGUAAAAAAUCCAGCACAUAUGAACCAAAUGGUGCUUCAUUUGCUAUUCAAUAUGGUUCUGGCAGUUUGUCUGGAUAUUUAUCUGCUGAUGUAGUGAAUGUUGCCGGCCUCAAUGUUACGAGUCAAGUAUUCGCGGAAGCUAUUAGUGAGCCAGGUUUAGCAUUCGUCGCUGCAAAGUUUGAUGGUAUCUUGGGCAUGGGUUAUUCUACAAUAGCUGUUGAUGGAGUGACACCUGUCUUCUAUAACAUGGUUAAACAAAAACUGGUUCCAAAAGCCGUUUUCAGUUUUUACUUAAAUCGAGAUCCUUCAGCCGAAGUAGGUGGCGAGUUGAUAUUGGGUGGUUCUGAUCCCGAUCAUUACGAGGCUGAUUUAACAUAUGUUCCUGUUACUCGCAAAGGAUACUGGCAAUUUUCAAUGGAUGGGAUCGAAGUAGGUAAUCGCACUUUCUGUAAUAAUGGCUGCCAAGCUAUUGCUGAUACAGGCACCUCUCUGAUAGCUGGACCAGUAGCAGAUGUUGCAGCCAUUAAUAAGCUAAUUGGUGCUAGUGCUAUUGCUGGACAGGCAAUAGUGGAUUGUAAUAAGAUUCCUCAGUUGCCCGAAAUCAAUUUUAAUCUGGGUAAUAAGAAAUUCAGUCUCUCUGGUGAAGAUUAUGUUCUUCAAAUCAAGCAGUUUGGUACCACAAUCUGUAUGAGUGGUUUCAUGGGUUUUGAUAUUGGAUCACAUGGAUUGGAAUGGAUUCUGGGCGAUGUAUUUAUCGGACGUUAUUAUACUGAAUUUGAUUUAGACAAUGAUCGAGUGGGAUUCGCCCCAGCGAAAUAAAUCAUUGAUCGUUUUUUCUUAAAGUUA